ACUGUCAUAGUGGUCACAAGAGACUUUGGAGAUCCAAGGAGGCGCCAAGAUCCAUCGGGAAAGAAUAAUCUUGCAGUUAUCAUAUUCCCUCUGCCUGGAGUGGAAACCAUCUUGAUUUGCCAUGUCAGCAGUAUUUGCAAGUACAACAUUCCAGAGAAUAACUGGAAAGCUGUGGAUAGUUGGCUCUGCCUCAGUUUCUCCUAAUAUUUUUCAGUCAAGAUGGAAGAGUACAGACAACAUCAAGUGGUUGUGGAGAGCCAGUGAUGGGACCAAGGAGGUACACAGAGCCAAUGAUAAGGGUUAUGGAGUUGGGGGCUACAGUGUGACUUUUAAUAGCACCAAACCGCUGAGUCCAGACUUAUUCAGAGAGGCUGUCGAACACCUUCACAGGAAGAUUCCAUGGCUUGGUGUCUGCCUCCUGCCCUACAAAGGAGAACUAUGGUAUUGUCAGCCACCGAACCUGGAGUUAAAUUUCCAGGCAAGUAGGAUUAACAGUUUCAUUUGCCCUUCUAGCAAUAAUCUUUAUAUUUUUCUUUUAUCUUAUUCAAGUUCUAAUCUUGAAAACUGUAAUGUUCUAGGUUCUAGAAGAUGGCAAUGUGGUUGACGUUGUAA